AACCUUACAAUUAUACUUUCCACCAAAUAACGGAGAUGUUUUCCUGAGAGCGAGCGCCUGCGGGUCAUAAUGUAAUCACAGAUGCCAUAUUGAGUCUCUGUCGUGUUGUGCAGCUGAAUGCGUGUCAGUGACGAGAUUAAUCACGCAUAUCCAGUGCCAUCCAUCUCUCGCCCAAAGAAGGCGUGUCGCUUCCCGGUCAGUAGCAUCAUCCAGCGGCUCUUUGUCCCGCUGCUGUGUGUGUUGUUGAGUGUGUGUGUGUGUGUGUGUCAGUACCGGGCAGAGCUGCUCGAAUCAUGGCGGUAGCGCCCGCGAAUCCUCGCACCGGGAGCACGAGAGCGCAGCUGCCGCCCUGUUAUUACGAGGGAUACCUGGAGAAAAGAGGAGCGAAAGAGAAGGUAGCUCGGCGUUUAUGGACCUGUUUAUGUGGAAACACACUGUACUUCUUCAACAACCCUAAGGACACAAAUCAUGUAGAGAAGCUGGAUCUGAGUGGGUUUGUGUCUUUGAUCGAUGACCCAAGUCGUGAUAGGAAUCUGGAGGCAGCCAGACUGAACCUCCGCAUGAAAGAUGGAGAAAUCAAACUCACUGCACCGAAUCUGGAGGCGCGUGAGCUGUGGAAAGGUUUUCUUUACUCGGUCGUAGAUCUGGCUGUGCCCACGACUCUCACCCUCCUGCCCGGGCAGCUGCACAUGCUGAAUGAAGUCGUGGAGAAAGAAAAAAUGCGUCGAAAGGCACGAGCGUCUUCCAGAGCCCCCUCGUCCCCCCUCUCGCUCCCGCUGGUGGGGGAAAUACCUGCGUGUUUCAGGCCUGUGUCUCGUACUGAAGCUGAGGUGCUGUUAGAAAGACAUCCAGACUGCGGGAACAUGCUGCUCAGACCAGGCCGGGACGGAUCUUCACUCGCCGUCACAACACGACAAGACCUGAACGGAUCAGUGUUCAGGCAUUACAGAGUGACACAGAAGCAGCAGGGUGGUUACAUUAUCGAUGUGGAAAACCCAAUCCCCUGUCCCACACUGUAUGAUGUCAUCAAUGCACUUGUGGAGAAAACCGCCGGGACUCUUCAGCCCUUUAUAUUAGAAGAGCCUUAUGAGGAGAACAUCACGUUUGUGUCGUCCAAUGAUGAGAAUGGAGAGCGAACCCUGCACUGUGCUCCCACUGGACCUCUUUCUCGAGCUCCAUCACUGCCACCUAAACAAGUAGGUACAGACAGAUGGUCGCUGCGGUCACAGAUGAGAUCUCCCAGUUCCUCACCAAGAUCCUUUUCCCCGUCUGGCUCUCCGUCCAACUCCAUGAGAAGGCUGGUUCUGUCUCCCUCACCGCUCUCUCAGAGCCUCACAGACGAGCUCAAACAGACGCUGGAGAAGAGACGGACCAGUCAAGAGUGAUUUCCUCCUCGUUUCUGCCCACUCUUCGUCGUCUCAUUCUUCCAGUGCCUUCCAAUAAAGACUGAUGUCCUGUUGAACGGACAAGGACUCCCUGUAAUCGACAUUCUUCCCUCAGUGUGACUGAAACAAUGCCACUUUAUUUGGCUCUAUUAAUAACACGAGAGCGGAGGUCCACCAGCUUAUCCUGCCUCAUAAUAAUGCCGUCACAGAAUGAUGCCAUUUCUGUUGAGACUAUUGAAAUUUAAAUGGGAAAAAUCUGAGCCAAGAUUCUCUAUACCUCUUACUCUCUCUAUUCUAUUAAUUAGACCUUAACUCAGGUUUCUACUGUCAAACCAUGAGUCGAGAGGACAUAGGACAUUUCCACACAUUUAAGAAAGAAGCACAUCAAACUCGUCUUAAAAUGAAGGACUUGUAUUACUGGUUUUAAUCAAACACUAACUGUGAACUGGAGAGAAGUGAUCUAAAUGCUCAGAUGAAUGUGAAUCUGGUAUGGUUCGAGGUAGGGUCCAAAAUUAACACUCGCCAAGCACCAAAUGUGCAUAUAAAUUGGGUUAAUAAAAAGCAAAUACAUUUUGCAGAUG